CCCAAAUACAGGCAGAACACUCAAGAUGUUGCGCCGUCAAGCCCGUGAGCGUCGAGAUUAUCUCUAUCGGAGAGCUCUAACCCUCCGCGAUGCCUCUAUCGCCGAAAAGCGAGCUCAACUGAAGGCGUCACUGGCCUCCGGCAAACCUCUCGAUCCUUCUAUCGCCAAUGAUAAAUCCCUGCGCGAAGACUACAAAUACGAUGAAUCCCUAGCAAGCGGAGACAAACAAGAUCAGGACGCCGAUAAGGUCGACCUGGACGACGAAUAUGCGCUCACCUCAGGAAUCGCCGACCCCCGCCCUAUCGUCACAACUUCUCGAAGCCCCUCCGUCCGCCUCGGUACUUUCGCCAAAGAAAUCCGUUUACUCCUUCCCACGGGUAUUCGUCUGAAUCGUGGUAAUCUCGUCCUUCCCGAUCUUGUCUCGAGCGCAAACGCCGCGGCGCUUAGCGACAUGAUUCUCCUGCACGAACACCGUGGUACACCUACUGCGAUGACCAUCUCCCACUUGCCUCACGGCCCUACGGCUAGCUUUUCCCUCCACAAUGUCGUUCUUCGUGCCGACAUCCCAGACGCAGCCCGCGGAACUGUCUCCGAGAGCUACCCUCACCUCAUCUUCGAGGGAUUCACGACCAAAUUGGGUCUCCGCGUUGUUCAAAUCCUGAAGCAUCUUUUCCCGCCUCGCGAGACUGGCAAGGUCGGCAACCGAGUCGUCAGCUUUGUGAACAAGGAGGACAGCAUUGAGGUGCGGCACCACGUCUUCGUCAAGACCGGAUAUCGGGACGUUGAGUUGGCGGAAGUUGGCCCUCGUAUGACCAUGAGACUGUUUGAGAUCCGUGGAGGCUCUUUGGAGAAGGGCUCCAGUGGCGAUGUCGAAUGGGCACUUACGCAGUACACAAGAACGAGCAAGAAGAAGGAUUAUCUGUGA